GCACGCUCAAGGAAAUCGAGGAGCUUAAGUUGUCGGUGGCCAAGUUGAAGCUGCCCAAGGAGCACUCGCCGCGCAUCUAGAAACCAUGUCCAAGAUUAAGAAGUUCUUCUCGCGGAAGAAGGAGGAGGCGGCGGCCUUUAAACUCAAGCUCACUGGCAGCGGCAUGGGCACGGGCCACAAGCUGAACUCCCCCAAACAGGAGACUCCUUCGAGCAGUUCCCGGCAAAAGAAGUACGAGGCCUAUGUGCCACCCAAGCGAAAUGAAAUAAGUAACGAGGCCAGGGCAGCUGCCAGUGCGGCACUGGCUCGCAUUGACAAGAAAACAUCCAGGGAAUUUAAUACCUCGCUGUCGGCAGUCAAGGCUCAGGCUAAACGAGAGCUGGAGGCGGAGCGUCGCCAGAAGGAGGAGGCGGAGAGUCGCCAGAAGGAGGAGGCAGUGGGCACGGCAUCCAGCAUCAGCACAUCCACAUCGGCUUCCGGCGGCGACACACGCAACCUGGCCUGCGAAGGCGUCUUCUUCCGCUGUCCCCUAAUCAGCGAGGAGAUUCUACCCAAGAGCGCGUGGAAGGCCCGCAUCAAAGAGUUCCUCUAUCAGCAGCUGGAGGCAGAUCGCGGGCUCACCGCCUGCCUGAUCAUCCACAAUUGCAAUGUGAAGGAGAAGGCGGACGAGUGCAUUGCCACGCUAAUCCGAUAUCUGGAGAAUCUAAUCAAGAAUCCCGAGGAGGAGAAAUUCUGCAAGAUUCGAAUGUCCAACAAAAUCUUUAGCGAGAAGGUGCGCUACGUGGAGGGUGCCCUGGAUGUUUUGCAGGCAGCCGGCUUCACCGAAGUCCAGAUCGAUGAUGAACCCUUCCUUCUGUGGACCAAGGAGCAGACGGAAAAGGAUCUCGACUUGCCCACGCUGGUGGAAGCUCUCAAGAACUCUGAAACCAUUCCCCUGGAGCUGGAUCGCAACAUUAAGGUCCUACUUCCGUCGCAGGCACGUCGUGUUGUCCUACCCGACGAAUUCUACCGCCUGGCACCGGAGGAGAUCAAGAAAGAGCAGCAGCUGCGUUCCGAGGCCAUUGCCCAGUCGCAGAUGCUGAGGACAAAGGCGAUGCGGGAGCGCGAGGAGCAGCGCAAUUUGCGCAUGUAUCGAUACGCUUUAAUCAGGGUUAAAUUUCCCAAUGGACUCUUUAUACAAGGCACUUUCUAUGUGUACGAGAAGAUAGCCGAUGUGUUCGAGUUUGUGCAGUCUUGCCUGGCGGAUGAAAGCCUGGACUUCAGCCUGGUGGCCACCAGCGAUGGCAAACUAGGCGAGGAGGACCUCGAAAAGACACUAAUCGACUACAAACUCAUUCCCAACUCGUUGCUGCUGUUCAGCGCAAAUGAAGUGCCGGCUCCCGCGCAAGCGGAUAUGAACUACUUAAAGGAAGAUCUUCUUAUGCUGGUGCAGGCUAUGUAGAAGUGCUUUAACCCAUCUAAUCAGCGGUAUUUGUCCCUUGCAUUGUAAUGGAGCUGUUGUUAUUUAUUACUUUCAAAUCUAUUAUUCAAAAUCAAUUAUAACGCACUUUUCAAAAAA